AUGUCAGACUCGGUGAUACGUUAUUUUCCCAACUUUGAGAAGAAGCCGGAUAUGCGCGAGAGCUUGUUCUCAAGGAGGAAUAGAAAAGGUACUACAUGGGGAGCGCACAGUUCAUUCGAGCCAACGGAUGGGCAUAGGUCUCUUCACAGCGAAAAGUUAGGCAAAAGUGUAGGCAUCAAGAUCGCCCUCAAAAGCAUCAGCGGAACGGCCGUUUUGAAGAAAAACAAAAUACUUAUUAACGGAAACGAAACCCUCGAAUCUGUGCUGAGUUUCCUCAAGAAAGUGUUUAACAGAAAUGAGCACAUCUAUCUGUAUAUUAACAACACCAUAAAGCCAAACCUUGAUGAUUUCCUUGCCGAUCUUUUCGAUCUAUAUCAAGUUUCGAACUGUCUAAACAUCUCAUAUAGUUUCACCCCCGCGUAUUAA